AUGUCUUUAAAGCUCUUUACUUUCAACGUGAAAGAAUCGGAGAAGGAAUUGGAGCAAAGCCAUUUUACUUCUCUCUUGAAUUUGUACUUGGAAACAGAAGAGGAGAAGGCGAAAAUUAGAAAAUAUCGUUUCAGUAUGGAUCAAUACAGAACAUUGAUGGGAAAGGUUUUGAUGAGAUUUUAUUUGAUGAAGAAAAAUUUCAUUCCCGAUGAUCAUCAUUCGAGUAUUAAUAAUAAUAAUUUGGAAAUACAUGAAUCUUAUUCAAAAUUAUUUCAAGUCAAAGCAAGUAAAUAUGGAAAGCCUUUUUUAAAGAUGAAGAAUGGAAAUAGCUCUUUGGAUUUUAAUAUUUCUCAUUCUGGUAAUUGGGUUGUCUUUGGUUAUAUUAAUUGUAAGAAUGAAACUCCCAAAGUAAUUGGAAUUGAUAUUGAAGAGAUUCAUGUAAGAAGUACAAAAUUGGAUGACAAAUGGAAAAACUACUUGGCAGAAUUCUUUGAUUUGAUGAAACCAUGUUUUACUUCCCAUGAAUGGUCUACCAUAUUAUAUCCAUGUCUACCAUCAGAAGGUAGCAAAACAAGUAAUAAUUUUAUUUUCGAACAAGCACUUGCAAGUGUUGACAAAUGCAAUGACGACACUAUUCGAGAGAACAUGAUUGAACGAUUCUUUAUACAUUGGACUCUCAAGGAAUCAUUUAUAAAGGCAGUUGGAAUGGGUGUGUCCUUUGGUGAGCUGACCAGAAUUGAAUUUAGAUUUAUCGAUCAAAGCUCUUUUGUUCAAGAUCAAUGCAUGAAUUUGGAACGAGCAUCAUUUUCGAAUAUUUCUCUAAGCGAGUUUACAAGUCCCGAGAAGAAGAUCAAACUAUUUAUUGAUGGAGAGGACAAUAGUUCUGAUUGGGAUUUUAUUGUUAUUAGAAACUUUACACCUGGUCACAUGAUGAGUUUGGCACUUGGCAGUAUAUCUUCCAAACACAUUCCUUUUGAACAAAAGCUAGAGUUACGAAGUAAUUACAUGUCAUUGCAGGAUACUGAUGAAUUGCAAAAUUCAGAGACUUGUCACUCUUUACUUCAAAUACACGAUUGCCAACUGAGUGAAUUUAUUGAAAAAAACUCCCUGACAAAAAUAAACACACAUUAA